UAGAGUUAGAAUUGUAUAAAUUAAAUUCACUAAAAUGUCAACAAUUAAACCAAAACUUUUUGAGGAGUGAAUUCCUGGAUUAGAGGUCCCUGUUCCCAUGCAGUUUCAUAUUCCAGAGAAUUUCCAAUACAAGGCAAAAUUCAUUGACCUAAUUGAGCAAAAUGGAGGUUUUGUAAUCAGAAGACCUGGACAAAUGAACCCUCUUGUGAUCCAAAUAGUCUGUGCAGAUAGGAGACUUCAAUAUUGAAACCAAGUAGUCGAGGUACUAGACCAAGAUUUCUUCGUACAAACAACUGAUGAAUUGUCAAACAAAGUCACUGGCCAAAAGCUUAUGAGGUAUUUAUCAGUCCCAUCAGAGAGCAAGGAGUACUAUAAAGAGACUUUCUAUAAAGGCCAGCUUUAUUCAAUCAGCUGGUUGAAAGAAUCCCUGCUGAAAAAUGAACUUCAGAAGAAACACAGAUACUGGACUCUCAACAUUUUUGACUCCACAAAGAGAACAUUAUGCAAAUCAAAGAAAAACUUUUCGGUAUCAGAAUUGAUUCACAUGCUGAAAAUAACUUAUUGGGAAAUCCCAAAAACUUACUCUGUCACCAAAAGAUGGACACUAAACACUCCUGGCCGUAAUAUUGAGUGCUGGAAAAACAAGAUUAGGUACGCCUGCUCUCUAACCUGCUGUAGGAACAACCGGUUUGGUAAAAUCUGCUUCGAAUGUGCAAUCCAUGACUGUGCAAUGAAGUACCCUUGGGACAAAAACUCCAUCCUCUCAUUCAGAGAGGUUUACCCAGACAGAAAUUCAGCCUGAAAUUUUGUAGAAGUUUACCAAACUGACACUCAAAAUCGAUUGAAAAGGAAGCGGAAGACAGUACAACUAUCUGAACCCAAACAAAAUAAGAGAGCUAAGAGAAGCAAUAGAGAUCUUUAUGCAAAAAACAAAAUCUAUAAUUACAUGGAUCUAGUCAAGACCGAUUAAUUUAGUUAGAUUUCACUCAAUUUCAAAAGGUCUGACUGAAAUC